AUGUAUGUCUUGCUCAACUUGAAAGAUGACAAAAUGCUCCAGAAUGUGGUGCAAUUAUUAUUUGCCCACGGACACCGCCAACUCUCGAUUGGCGAAUCCAUCGAGAAUUUGUGUCCAACCUGUGAGAAAACGUCAUUAAACCAAGCAACUUCUGCCGUGACAUCCUCCACCACGUCACCAACAACACCGUGCACACCGCCGAGAGCAACAUCAUCGUCGUCGAUGGCAGCGGGUUCUCCCACGUAUUCUACAGUAACCAGUGCGGCGGUCGUGGUGCCAAAACUCUCGUCGCCGAAGAGGGAAUUCGUGUGCUCAACGCCGAUUAAGAAUGGAAUGUCGGAUGCUAAGUCCCACCUGAAAAGGCCUUACGUCCCAAUAUCUCCAAUCCUCCCUCACCGUGCUCCACAAGACAUGCAGAAGUAUGAAGACGUCAGUGUAAAAGAGGAGCCAAGUGACGAAGGAAACGAAGAUCCAGACUUGUCAGUUGAUGUGGAUGAAGAUCUCGAAGAAGAUCUCACACUUGGUCAAGAUAUCACACUCAGCCAAGCACUGGAACUCUUUGAUCGAACAAUAUUCCAGGAGCCACGUUCGAAAAAGCCAAAAGCCGAAGAGCCAUUUGGAGAGCUCUAUCAGUGUCAACUGUGUAAAAAGAGCAUAUCCAGGCAUGGACAAUACGCGAACCUUCUGAAUCAUUUGUCACGUCACGCACGUCUUCAUGCAUCGAAGAAACAGUAUUGUUGUCCGAAGUGUGGAGCGAGUUUCACAAGAAGAUAUCUGGCAUCGACUCAUAUCAAGGAUGCUCAUCAUGAGGAGAAACUUCAGCCACAUGACUUCGCUGUUGAACUCCGCGAAGAAUACCGUAAACUUCUGGAGAUGUGCUUUCCUGGUGCUGAUAACCGCCGAAAACAGCAACAAGCUCAGUCGCAGGCGACAAAAGACUCAAUUCUGAAUAUUCUAUCAGAUGAUAGCGGAGUUUCAGUCAACGAUUCAUCCGAUUUGAACAUUUCUGUUGGAAACGAAAAAAUCGAAGUUUACGUUGGCGCCGGUGAUGAUGAUGAUCACGAUCAGGAUUCUUCAUAA